UUCGUGUCUUUUUUAUGCCGCCGGAUUUUUUUCCCUCUUCACUCGUCUCCCUCUUCUCUGCUUCCGCGGCGGCAUUGGAACCCCUCUUCAUGCAAUCGUCUGCGGCCCCUUCUCUACCGUCGGGGUUUUUACCCUCUUCACUCGUCUCCCUCUUAUCUACUUCCGCGGCGGCAUCAGCAUGAAAAUUCCAUUGGCGGGAAUGAUGGGCGUCGUCUCAUACUUAUCGCAUGAGUUCCUCAAUCUUCCUUAAUCUUCCUGGCUUGGUCACGCCCUCCAACUCUUCGCUCAAGUGGAGAUUGAGAACAAAAUUCGUGGACGGGCUCACAUCCUUGCGUUGAAAGGGCGAUUAUGUAAUGAAUUUUUGCUAACCCAACAGUUCAAUGAUGGAAAAUUUGCAGUAUUCGUCAAGUUACUAAAUCUAUGGUUAAGAAGAGCGGUUGAUCAUGGACCUACAGCUGUUGGGUGUUGAUUUUCAGAAAAUACUCCUUCCGUGAAUUUGAGAAAAUAGCAAACAAGCUAUUUGCUCAUAAAUUUUGUACUUCGGCAAGCUUGCCUGCCAAAUUUGUUAACGAGAGUUUGGCUUGAGAUAAAAUCACGGAAAGAAGACUUUGUUGAGUAUGCCUGUGAUGUUGAAGGGAGUGCCUUCUCGAGAUUAAUAAAUGAUCGCCUUCUCGAGAUUAAUAAAUGAUCCACUAGGAACCAGCAAGUGGAACUUACAGGAUAUUUCGAGGCUUCCAAAAUCUGUUUUGUGCCUACUUGAAGCUCCAAUUCUGGGGGUGAGUGACCCAAUGCUUUACAUUGGAAUGCUCUUUAGCAUGUUUGCAUGGCAUGUUGAAGAUCACUAUUUAUACAGCAUUAACUAUCACCAUUGUGGUGCAUCCAAGACAUGGUAUGGUGUUCCUGGGCAUGCAACUUAUGAUUUUGAAAAUGUAGUUAUGGAAAAUGUGUAUGCUGCAGAAAUGUCCAUUCUGAAGGAGAUGAUGCAACUUUUAGUUUGUUGAUGGGAAAAACAACAAUGUUUCCACCAAAAAUAUUAUGUGAGCAUGGAGUUCCUGUUUAUAAGGCUAUACAAGAGCCUGGGGAGUUUGUAAUUACGUUUCCUCAGGCAUACCACACAGGCUUUAGUCAUGGUAAAGACACCGGAUGGAUUUAUAUUGUCGAGUGAAUUGUAUUAACUACCUUAUUGAUCUGUUAAAAAAAUUCAUUGCCUUGCCCAAGUGAAAUGGGGCUAAAAAUGACUCUAUCUAGUCAUGUGAAGUUCGAUUCUAUUGUGCUUAUCUAUACUGCUACCUUCUUGUGAAGACACUGCUACCUUCUCCUGUAAAGAACCUUGUGGUAAACCUUCUGCUGUGAAGACUUUGCUACCAUUUCCUAUUUACUGUAUACAAUAUUCUCUAGAGAAACACCACAUCAUUAUGUAAUAUACAAAACAUUGAAAAUAAAUAUAUUAUUAUUGUAUUUCUUGUUAAUAA